AUCAUACUAGGGUUUUACUAUAUACUCGACAAAGACUCGCGUUUUCACGUCCUUCUUCGCCCUUUCCUUGGAUUUUGAGAUUCAUUCGAGCUCCCCUUUCCUCAAGUCAUGGCGGAACAGACUGAGAAGGCUUUCCUGAAGCAACCCAAAGUCUUUCUAUGCUCGAAGAAAACAGGGAAAGGAAAUAGACCAGGAAAGGGUGGAAAUCGCUACUGGAAGAGCGUUGGCCUAGGGUUUAAAACCCCCAGAGAAGCCUCCGAAGGAACAUAUAUUGAUAAGAAAUGUCCCUUCACUGGAACUGUUUCAAUCCGUGGGCGUAUUCUGGCUGGAACAUGUCACAGUGCUAAGAUGACAAGAACCAUAAUUGUUCGUCGAAACUAUCUUCACUAUGUGAAGAAAUACCAAAGGUAUGAGAAGAGGCAUUCGAAUAUUCCUGCCCAUAUAUCCCCAUGUUUCCGUAUUAAGGAAGGAGAUCAUGUUACCAUUGGCCAGUGCAGGCCUAUUUCAAAGACAGUUAGGUUUAAUGUGUUGAAAGUUAUUCCUGCUGGGUCAUCUGGAAUCAGUGGUGGCAAGAAGGCUUUUACAGCUAUUUGAGCUAAUUUAACUUCCAAUAAUUCUUUCUGUUAUAAAACUCCUGACAUUGGAGGAAUUUUGAAUAUUUCAGUGGGGGAUUUAUUUGUGAUGCUUUUUGUCAUAUCAACCUGGUACUACUUGUGUGUAUUUUUUAAAUAUCAAAUAGGUAUGGUAUCUUGUUC